AUGUUUGUUCACGGGUCGUGCUCCUUUGCUUUCACAAAAUUUCCCGCUGUCAAGGAGACAGGCUGCCUGGGGCCCUGCUCGUCAGGGCCAAACGUUCUAGCAACACCAAGGCCUGCUAGCGACCCUUUGGGUGGUCAAGGCCGAGAAGCUCGCAGCGUCGGCAGAACGCAGCAACCUGCUGGCGUUUGCUUCACGAGCAUCAAGAGUGAGGAGGAUAUGGCUCUUUUGUCCGCGUGGGGCUUCCAAUCCAAUGCCUCCUCAAAUCUCUCAGCGCUACGCCUUCUCAUUCGAUCCACUGGUGCAGAUCAGGUACCAUGGCCUAUCCUCCUGUAUGUUGGCUUCAAUGUGAUCAGGCUUCCAAUUAACAUCAUUUUCCAUGUAGACUUGCUCCAACUCAUCAGUCAGGCUGUGAAGCCUUCCGCGUAG